AAAGUUUAGAGGCAGCGCUGAGCCUCCGUCAAAGCAAAGCAACAGUGUUUGCAUUCCACAGCACAGAAGAGAGAGAAACACAUUUCUAGAGAGAGAAACACGCAGUCGCUGACAUGUCUUCCUUCGAUGCCUUCACCGAUGACUUGAACGUCAACUCUUCUUCCACUCACCACCACGACGAAGAAGAGGACAACUACUCCGGCUACGGCGGCUACUCCUCCUUCACCGGAGGUUUCUCCGCCGACACCGAUGUCCCCGUCGAUCACUCUGCCGCCGCGUCGCCUGAGAUCUACGGCUUCACUGAUCCGAAUCCCGCUUACUCUCAGUCUCCCUUCGAAUCGGCCACCGUAGAGAACGGAAACGGAAACGGGAAUGGCUAUGGCGACGGUGACGGCGUUUUUGUCUCCGACGGUCCGGUGCUUCCGCCGCCGACUGAAAUGGAGCCGGAGGAAGGUUACGCUCUUCGGGAGUGGCGCCGUCAAAAUGCCAUUCUGCUGGAGGAGAAGGAGAAAAGGGAAAAAGAGAUGAGACUGAAGAUUAUUGAAGAAGCUGAGGAGUAUAAGGUGGCUUUCUAUGAGAAGAGGAAGCUUAAUGUUGAGACUAACAAGGUUCAAAAUAGAGAAAGGGAGAAGUUAUUCAUGGCUAGUCAAGAGAAGUUUCACAAAGAGGCAGACAAAGCGUAUUGGAAAGCAAUUGCCGAGCUGAUUCCUCGUGAGGUUCCCAACAUUGAAAAGAAAAGAGGCAAAAAGGAUCAGGAGAAGAAGCCAUCAAUUACGGUCGUCCAAGGCCCAAAGCCCGGCAAGCCCACAGAUCUGUCCAGGUUGCGGCAAAUACUGUUAAAGCUGAAGCACACACCACCACCUCACAUGAUUCCUCCACCACCUGCUCCUGCUAAAGAUGCCAAAGACGGUAAGGAUGGAAAAGAGAAAGCAUCAAAAGCAACUGGAGCUGCAGCAGAAGGUGCACCUGGUUCACAACCAAAGGAUGCCACCUCCACUGGUGCCGCCGAGGAACCCCAGAAAGAAGCUCCUGCCACAGAGGAGCAGCCUGCUGCAUGAUUUUGCCUAUCAAUCUUUCUUCUGCCAUCCCUUUUUCCACCUGCAGUCUUUAGUGAAUCUUUUUGCCCUGCUAUUAGUUUCUAAUGCUUAUUGGUUGAAUUUUAUUACCAACUCUAAGGUUUUGUAUGAAUUAAAUCCAUUAUUAACAAUUGUGAAGUGGAGAUUCAAUGAUCAUGGGUUUAAAUACAUCCUUUUAGGCAGUAUUUGUUGGGAUUGCUGGCUGAUGGUGUUAAAUAGACGAAUACAAUGUUUAAUA